AACUCUGUUGUCAAUCACUGUAGGUCAAAGCCUCUUACGUUUUCAGUUGCUGAAGGAAGCUCUAGGGAGGGGUUCAUCAGAAAAUACCCCCAGGGGCUGCUGUUGGUUCUGUAGCGACCAGUGAAUCUGUUAGGCUGCAUUACCCCGUAACACUGGUCAAGAAGUAGCAGCAGAGUAUGAUCAGCCCCAGUUAACCUCCUCAUUCCUGGACCUGCAGUUUCCCCGACUGUCUGCUUAGAGCUCCCUUCUGCUCUAGUAGCACCUCUCGCUUUUCCUCCAGGACCCUUCUCAAACCCCAGGUGCUGGUAGUGGGAUAAGGGGUCAAGGACACUUGGUGUAGGGGUGACCUGAAGAGAAAGUGAGGAAGGAGAAGAGCUGGCAGCAUGAGGCCUUAAUGCAAGACAUCCAGGAGCUGUUGUAGACUCAUGGGCAUAAAUUCUUUGGGACUGUUUUCUGCACGCUGGCAGAUGCUAAAGGAUCUUUGGCUUUGGUGUGGAUUAGAAAUGUGGUGCCUCUGCUCCUGUGUCCUGGUCUGGAGUGUUUACACUGAUAUACUUGUAUGGGUCCAGUGUGCAUCAGUAAAAUAGUUGACUGUUUCUAUAUCUAUUUUUCUAGUUUCUGUGCCAUUGUUAGUUUAUCAAGAUGUUUUAAAAUAAGCUUUUAUUUCUAUUUAUUUUUGUAAUGGGAAGUCUGAGCUGAUCCUGGAUCCUGUGGUAUUUCUGUACUGCAGAAAUGAGCUCUGUGGCGACAGACAAGGUUGCAGGAAAGCUGAGCUCUACUCUCUCAUGGGUGAAGAACACUGUAUCGCACACCGUCAGUCAAAUGGCCAGUCAGGUGGCAAGUCCAUCUGCCUCAUUACACACUACAUCCUCCUCUACCACUCUGUCUACGCCCGCGUUAUCACCAUCCUCACCAACACAGCUGAGUCCAGACGACUUAGAAUUACUUGCAAAACUUGAGGAACAGAACAGACUCUUGGAAACAGAUAGCAAAUCCUUGCGAUCAGUAAAUGGGUCGAGAAGAAAUAGUGGAUCUUCUCUUGUGUCUAGUUCGUCAGCUUCUAGCAAUCUGAGCCAUCUUGAAGAAGACUCAUGGAUCCUGUGGGGGAGGAUUGUGAAUGAAUGGGAAGAUGUACGGAAAAAGAAAGAAAAGCAAGUUAAGGAGCUUGUUCGAAAAGGGAUACCUCAUCAUUUCAGAGCAAUUGUUUGGCAACUUCUAUGCAGUGCUCAAAGCAUGCCAAUUAAGGAUCAGUAUUCAGAGCUUUUGAAAAUGACAUCUCCUUGUGAGAAAUUAAUAAGAAGGGACAUUGCUAGAACAUACCCUGAACAUGAUUUUUUUAAAGAAAAAGACAGCCUUGGACAGGAGGUCUUGUUCAACGUAAUGAAGGCUUAUUCUUUGGUGGAUCGAGAAGUUGGAUACUGUCAAGGAAGUGCUUUUAUAGUUGGAUUACUGCUUAUGCAGAUGCCAGAAGAAGAAGCAUUCUGUGUGUUUGUUAAAUUAAUGCAAGAUUACAGACUACGAGAACUCUUUAAACCAAGCAUGGCUGAACUGGGCCUUUGUAUGUACCAGUUUGAAUGCAUGAUACAGGAGCAUCUUCCAGAGCUUUAUGUGCACUUUCAGUCUCAGAGUUUCCACACUUCUAUGUAUGCCUCGUCAUGGUUUUUAACUAUAUUCCUUACAACUUUUCCACUACCAAUUGCAACGAGAAUAUUUGAUAUCUUUAUGUCUGAGGGUUUAGAGAUAGUAUUUCGAGUAGGUUUAGCAGUACUUCAGAUGAACCAAGCAGAAUUACUGCAACUUGACAUGGAAGGAAUGUUACAGCACUUUCAAAAGGUCAUUCCACAUCAGUUUGACAGUGGUCCAGACAAAUUAAUCCAAGCAUCUUACCAAGUCAAAUACAAUGCAAAAAAGAUGAAAAAGUUAGAAAAGGAAUACACUACAAUAAAGACAAAAGAAAUGGAAGAACAAGUUGAAAUUAAAAGGUUACGAACUGAAAAUAGACUCCUAAAACAGCGCAUUGAAACAUUAGAAAAAGAAAGUGCUUCCUUGGCAGAUAGAUUGAUACAGGGACAAGUGACAAGGGCCCAGGAGGCUGAGGAAAACUACCUCAUAAAACGGGAGCUGGCCACCAUCAAACAGCAGAGUGAUGAGGCCAUUACUAAACUGGAGCAAGCUGAGAAUACCAUCAGGGAGCUCCAACAGCAGCAGCAAUGGCAUAAAUGCAGUUCACGAUACAGUGAAGACUUUGUGCUACAGCUGGAAAAAGAGCUGGUCCAAGCCAGGCUGAGUGAAGCAGAAUCCCAUUGUGCCCUGAAGGAGAUGCAAGAUAAAGUUCUAGAGAUGGAAAAGAGGAACAGCUCUCUCCCUGAUGAGGAAAAUGUUGCUAGACUACAGGAAGAACUGAUUGCGGUAAAAUUAAGAGAAGCAGAAGCUCUGAUGGGUCUCAAAGAACUAAGGCAACAAGUCAAAGAUUUGGAGGAACACUGGCAGCGUCAUCUAGCUCGUACCACUGGAAGAUGGAAAGACCCUCCCAGAAAAAACACAGUGAAUGAGCUACAGGAUGAGCUGAUGACAGUCCGAUUGAGAGAAGCGGAAACUCAGGCUGAACUGAAAGAGACCAAACAAAGAAUGAUGGAGAUGGAAACGCAGAAUCAGAUCAAUAGUAACCAUUUACGAAGGGCAGAGCAAGAGCUUACCAACCUACAGGGGAAGGUACAGUAUCUUUCUGCACAGAACAAAGGACUUCUUUCUCAGCUGAAUGAAGCAAAACGUAGACAAGCAGAGAUUGAAUGCAAGAGUAAAGAAGAAGUGAUGGCAGUACGGCUCCGUGAGGCAGACCGCAUUGCAGCUGUGGCUGAACUCCAACAGCAUAUUGCUGAAUUAGAAAUCCAGAAAGAAGAAGGAAAAAUUCAAGGGCAGCUUAAUAAAUCUGAUUCUAACCAGUACAUCAGAGAACUGAAAGAUCAGAUAGCUGAGCUGCAUCAUGAGAUCAAAUGUCUAAAAGGCCAGAGAGACUUCUCAGACCAACCCACUUUUGAUGGGAUUCACAUUGUCAACCAUUUCACAGGAGAUGAUGAAUCAUUUCAUUCUUCUGAUGAAGAUUUUAUAACUAACUCCAUACAGGAGAGUGGGGUGAACUUUCAUCUACACAGGAGGACUGGUCAGAUGGCUUUGGAUCACACAGUUGUAGACAGCAGUGACAGUGAUACCGAGGAAAGUGCCCUUCAGACCGGGAAUUCAGACAAGAUGGUUUCUAAGCAGAGAAGAAUGGAAUCUUACUCUACUACUGUGUGAUUAUCACUGUGACUAGCAUUGAAGACUUUUGUAUUUCUUUAAGGGUGAAAUUGUCAGGUAACUGCAACUAUCCAGCAGUUGGUUUAGGUUACUAUUGGAUCUGGUCUGGCCUGUGACAAAUACAUACAUGUACUGUCUAUCUUCCUUCUCUCUUUGCCAAAUCUUGCUGAUGACGUACCGUUGCCAUAAAACAGGCUGGGAAGAAGUUGAUGGAUGACAGUUGUGACAGUAUUACUGAGUGUUCCUUGGUUUAGAAACUGCAAAUAUAUAAUUUCUUUAAUGCAUAAGAACCAUUUUUGCCGUUCACAAACACAGGAAUUUAUUUUCCUCAAAAGAAAUUGCUCUUGUGCAAUAUUUUACGCUCUGAACAAAUGUGUAUGUUUUACAUUGUUAUCCAUUUGUGAUCAAGAUGGAACCUAGUAAACCAUCCGAUCAUGACCCAUAUAUAUAUAUAUAAUUAUCUUAUGCUUCUCAGUUACUUUUGUUUUUACUGAAGUUAUUGGAUGCCCACAGAAGGCUUGAAAGAGGAGCCUUUAUCUGUACUACUUUAUAUAUACAAAUAAUGGUCACUAAUGUCAUAAAGGUGUUUUUCACCAUUUUCACUUAAAUCUAUGUGCAUCUGCUUUAAUGUUGCUAAGUAAUACCUGGUCUGAAUAUAUUAAUUACAAUAAUGUUUAUUUUGUACAUAUUUAUAUAUCUACACCAAGCUGAAAAUGUACAUGACACCAUUUUAUAUGAGGAAUGUAAAUGUUGCAAUAUUACUGUCUCUGGUAUUCUAACAGGAAAAUGAAUUCUAUAUAUACACACUAGAAAUGAAUUACUAAAAGGCAAAACACUAACUUUACAUUAAGUUUCAGCCUAGCUACACUAACAGGUUCAUGUCGGAAGCGCUUGUUCAAAACACUAUUGACUGAAAUCUUUUACCUUCAUAUAUAUGUAAUGAAAAUAAAUUUUUCAUGAUUUAACAA